AUGGAUCAACAUUUAUUAUUUUUUUUAGAUGGACAAUCUAUUGGGGUAUGCUAUGGUAGACUUGGUGGUAAUCUUCCCUAUCCAAGUGUUGUGGUAUCCCUCUACAAAUCCAAGAACAUAAAUGCCAUGAGAUUCUAUGAUCCUUACAAUGUUCCCCUCCAAGCUCUUAAAGGCUCAAACAUUACAUUUAUUGUCAUUGUCCCUAAUGACAAUCUCCAAUGUUUCGUUUCUGAUGCUUCGGCUGCCAACACCUGGGUUCAAAAUAAUAUAAAAGCUUAUUGGCCUGCUGUUAAAUUCAAGUAUAUUGCAGUUGGUAAUGAAGUUAUUCCUGGAAACUUAGCACAAUAUGUCCUCCAAGCCAUGCAAAAUAUUCAUAAGGCAUUAACUUCAGCCGGCUUGCCAAACCAAAUCAAGGUUUCGACCGCUAUAUCCACUACAGUCCUAGGCACAUCAUACCCUCCUUCCUCAAGUUCAUUCUCUUCUGUGGCAUCACCAACUUUGGGAUCCAUCAUCAAGUUUUUGAGCUCAAAUGGAUCACCUCUCUUGGCUAAUGUAUACCCUUACUUUAGUUAUGUUGGAAACACUAGGAGUAUUGAUCUUCGAUAUGCUUUAUUUACAUCACCUGGAACCGUCGUAAUUGAUGGAUCGUUGCAAUAUCAAAACCUAUUUGAUGCCAUAGUUGAUUCAUUGUAUUCAGCGCUAGAGAAGGUUGGUGGAUCUAAUGUGGGAAUUGUUAUAUCAGAUAGUGGUUGGUCUUCAGCUGGAGGGACUGCAGCAACUAUUGACAAUACUUGGAUUUAUAAUCAAAAUUUAAUCAAUCAUGUCAGAAAGGGAACACCAAAGAAUCCUAAAGCUAUAGAUGUUUAUAUAUAA